AUGUUUGGGGUGGCUGUUGAUUUCUACGUCCACUCCCCAUACGACGUCAUGGAUCUAUCAGUGGGCUGGACGGACAUCAUACUGACAUUGGUCCGAACUACGGAGCUCAGUGUCAUGGAGUCUAGAUGUGGAAGGGGAGUCAAGGAUCUGAGUCCCUCCCGACGAGGAUGUUCCUAUAUGGAUGAGCCGAGAUUGAGUGGGCGGAAGGUACACAGUACAAACACAUGUCGACUCGCAUGCAGGAGUAACCUGGCUAAAGAAUUAUGUAACUGUGUUCCUUUCUACUACUUUUACGAUGGUGGUCCACCCUGUACUCCAAAAGGCAUGUGGUGUUUGGCCAACAACGCCCACAAACUGUUGAGGAACAACGACAAGAAGUGUUCAUGUGUCCCUCAGUGCAUAGACUGCAACUACAAGGAGAUGACUGUUGAGGAACAGGUCUGGGGUAACCCUCCAUUCAACUUGCACGGCUCCAUAAAGUACUCCGUGCAAGCUCCUCAGACCAGGUAUACCAGGGAGAUCGUGUUCCACUUCCAAGAUCUCGUUGUAUCUUUUGGAGGUGCAGCAGGUUUGUUCCUUGGUGCAAGUUUCAUCAGCUUUGUGGAGAUCCUGUACUUCAUAGUAGCGAGGCUGUUUACACAUAUUCAUGGUGCUCAAGAUAUCAAUAAGAAUAAGGCUACAGUAGUGGCAGUUAAAGAAGCUGCAGUAUCUCAUGAAACACUCCGCAUCCAAUACCUGACCGCCAUUUUGAUGGAAGAUCAAAAGAAGUAUGACAGCAAGCCAGGCUCAUAUUCAUAUUAUAACUAAAAUGUUCUUUAAUUUCCUCUUGAUAAUAUGGCAGGAAGAAGUCACAU